CAAAGUAUCUUCAUAGAGAAACAAGGUAACUUUAUGUAAGACAAAACCCCCCCCCCCAAAAAAAGGGGGGGGGGGGGGGUUCUCUUUUUGAGCAAAACCGUACCUCAAGGAACACAUAAGACAUUCACCCAGACAUUUUUUAGUAAGUUUUUCAACACGAGAACAAAUUGCCUUCAGGCCAUUUAACUUGAAAAACAACUUCUGUGUUCUUUUCAUGUGGGCUUUACCCAAUCCAACAUUUUCUCAUAAACUCCACCCCUCAACUGCAGUUUGCAAGCUUCUUUCAGUAUCGCCAUUUAAAGCUCAGUCUUGAACCGUGUCUUGAAGUUCCAUACACGCCGAGAGUAAAUUGCUCUCAUCACUCAUCAGAAAAAGAUGGAGGAUAGAAAGUUUGGUAAUGACUCCUUGUCAGAUUGGACUCAAAUCGGUAAAGGAGGUUUUGGGAAUGUGUACAAGGCUAAACAUGAGAAAAUGGGACACUAUGUGGCUAUUAAGCUGCUCAAUGAUGUUGGUGUGGAGAAGUCACUGUUCCAGGAGGCUAAAUUUCAGAAAGUGUUCUCCUGUAAAUUUGUCCUGAGGGUUUAUGGGAUAUACGAGGGAACUCCACCUGAUGAAAAAAUCAAGCAAAAAGGAAUGGUCAUGGAGUUCAUGAAAAGAGGAUCUGUUAAGACUCUUUGCGAAAACUUGUGUGGUCCUCCACCGUUUGCACUGGCCUGCUGUUUGAUCCAUGAAGUGGCUUUAGGAAUGCGUUUCCUUCACUCAGAGGGUUUCCUGCACCGUGACCUAAAACCAGAGAAUGUAAUGUUAUCUGAUGAUCUUCAUGCCCAGUUGGCAGAUUUUGGUCUGUGCGCAGUGUCCGUCACUUAUUGCGCUAGCAAUCAAGAAGAAACACAGAAUGCAGGCACAGUCAAGUACAUGCCACCUGAAGCUUUAGAUAAUCCAAACUACAAGCCUGCUCGUUCUUUUGAUGUGUAUAGCUUUGCUAUAUUUCUCUGGGCCAUCCUUUCUGGAGAAGAACCUUAUCCAAGUGCUGGUAGAGCGCUAGUGGAAAGAUGUGUCAAAAAAGGUCAAAGACCCCCUCUUGAUGAGCUAUCAAAGAAUAGUACAGCAGGAAUGAAAGAUCUGCUUGAUCUGAUGCAGAAGUGCUGGGAAGGUGAUCCAUCAAAGAGGCCAACAUUUGCAGAUCAUCAAGAGAUUGUUUCCCUAACUGAGAAUGUGUUCUUAAAGCAUGAACACAAAAUAUAUGAUGAGGUCAACAAGGUUUUAAAAAAGCUGGACUCCGGCACCAGUGACCCUCUGGAAAUUCCUGAGGAUAUUGUAGAUCACCCUGCACCUCCAACACAGCCAAAUCUGACAGAUGAGGAGAAAGCCAACUUUGUUGACAGCAAGAUGACAGAUUUAUUACAAAAAACCACCAGGAUAAUGACAAUCGUUGAGGAGCUUGGAGACAUGGUCCACAGUGAAGCCUCCUCGGAGAUUGUAAAACAAAGCACAAGCUACAAGAAGAUGAUUGAGCUCUGGGACGGACCUUUACAUUCAGGAGGAACACCAGUCAAAGCAGCGUUUUAUGACGCCCUUAAAAAGCAUGAGCCAGAGCUGGUGAAGAGCCUUGGUAUGAUUUACUCAAGCAUGUGUAUUUGUUGUUUAAAAGUCAUCAAAAGUCUAACAAUAUUUUUUCCCCUCAGGUGGCUAAAUCCACGAAGGCCAAAGAUGUUCCAGAUUACUCUCUUUUCAGAAUUCUUUCAGUAAAACAUGAAAGAAACAAACAAUCGAAAAUUACCUAAUAACUUAUGUUCAAACGUCAACAGGUGUUUAUUUAUUUGAACCAUCAUUUUAUAUGAAAAGUAUAGGGUUUACUCAGAUUAAAAUGUAAAAAUGCAUUUUUUUUUUACAAUUUUACUGUAAUUGUUCUGUUACAAAGUCCCAUAAAUUCCUACCCACUAGACUUUUUUUUUUUAGCUUUUUUUUAAGACUGUAUGGGAGCCAGUUUUUCUGAAAAAUUGAUUUGAGUUAUUCUCCAUGAAUUAUUAGGAUCUAGGUUUUUAUAUUGUAGGGGAUGGGGUGUGUCUGC